UUCCAUUACCCAGGAUCAUCUCAGUACCGCUUCAGCAAUCAUCGCUUCUCCAUGGAACCUCGCGAUGCUCUUGUGGUCAAUGGUACCGGUCUUACACUCAACUGCUCCGCCCAACUUUCAGAUGAUGUCGACAUUGAAUGGUACAAGAAUGAGAAUUAUAUUAAUGUACGUAAUUCACAGUACUACAACCUUCUACCAACGGGAGCAUUACAGAUCAUGGCAGGUACUCCUGCUCAACAGCUGACGGGUGUCUACUACUGUACCAGCUAUGUGAAGGCUCUAGGACUCAUUGAAAGCCGCAAGGCUCAUGUCACACUUGCAACUCUUGGAGAAAUCCGUUCCCCGUUUGGCGUGACAGUAUACCCCGGAGAUACAGCUAGAUUUGAAUGUGAGGUGAAUGGUACUGUACCAAAAACAACAACGUGGCUGAAGGAUCGACAGACGAUCGACCUGACUGAAGAACGUUAUGCAUCUCGCUACACUCUGCUUCCCAGCGGAGCACUUGAGAUUCGGGACGUGAGGGAGGGUGAUGCAGGCCGCUAUAGGUGUAAAGUAGAGAGCCUUCUAUUACCAGAUCAGAGAAGGCGCAGCACCGAUGCAGAGCUGGUCGUCAGGAGCGACCCAGCCCCAGCCCAGCGUCCAGAGGAUUUGGCCUUCCUAGUAGCUCCAGGACCAAGCCAAAUAGAGGCCCUGAUAGGUAGUACUAUCACUCUUGAAGCAGCUACUACAGAACCAGCAACACUGGAGUGGUAUAAAGGAGAGAAAAAGAUCAACAUGCAAGGUGACCAUUACAGACGACUGGGUCAAGGGAGCUUGCAGAUAACAGACCUAGGAGAGAUCGACACUGGUAUCUAUCGGGUGGUUGCCAUAUCCAUACUGGAUCAGAGCCGAGUAGAGAGGGGUGUUACUGUUGUCGUACAAGUUCCACCUGAAUUUCUGGAAAUGCCUACAAACACCUACGCCAGGUUGGGUUCUACCAAGACCCUCCCGUGUACUGUGUACGGUAUUCCGACACCCUCCAUCCAAUGGAAGAGUCAUGGGGAUGAUAUUGACCUGCUGGCUAAUGGUGAUUUCAUGAGUGUUGAUAACCAGGGACUGACGAUUCAAGACUUGACUGAUCAGGACUCUGGUAUUUACCAGUGCCUUGCCAGCAACCGUUGGGGCAACAUUCAAGCUACGGCUCAACUGAUUGUGCUUCCAGAAGGAGUUGACCCCCCUCCACUGCCACUACCCAUCCCCACCAUACCUCGACCCAUUGACGUGCCAGACCCCUUACCAACUGAGUUACCUGUUCUUCCUGAUGAAGAAACUCCUACUGGACCUGUGGCUACCCCACCUCUUGACCUGAGUGCCAUCAGUGUUCAACCUCAGAGCAUCACGUUGUCUUGGAGACCACCGACUGUUGUCCCAGGCUCUCUACUUCGAUAUCAGCUCUAUCUUCAGAAAGAUGAAGAGGGCGCUAGGAAGAGGCUUGUGGAUGUCAACAAGGAUACCUUGACUAAGAUGGUGACAGAUCUCUUACCUAAUCAAGCCUAUCGUAUAUGGGUAGUAGCAGAGAAUAACAAUGGACUAGGAGCAUCUUCUAACGUCAUCAUAGUCACAACGCCAGAUGAUACAAGAGUGACACCUGAUGAAGUGACAGACAUGAGAGCAAUCCCACUCUCCUCCACCUCCAUGGAGUUGUCAUGGCGACCACCCUUUGACACGCACGGUGACCUGAUGAACUACAUUGUUCGGGUGACUGAUGAGAUGAUGGGGAGUACGAUGGAAAGAGAGGUGGCGCCCUCGGACAAUAGCCUCAUCCUAGACAACCUGGAUGUAUACACGCUCUAUGAGAUGACGGUUAUCCCCUAUAAUGCUAACGGAGCAGGUGGAACCAGUACUAUUGAUGCCAGAACACCCGGGGCAGAUCCAACGGGAAUGCCCACUAACGUGAGUGUGAAUCCUGCUCCAGCGGUGCCCAAUGCCCUGGAUAUCUCUUGGGUACCACCUCCAAUCCACGAGCGUAACGGAGAGAUCAUGGAAUAUAAGCUACGUUACCGUGUGAGGGGAGGAGAGGGAAUACCGGUCACCAUAAUGGGGAAAGCUACUUCAUACAGAAUAGAAGACCUGGAAAGAGAAACCGAUUAUGAAGUAAGGAUAGCCAUGGUAAAUGUCAAUGGGACUGGACCGUUCACUGAGUGGAUAGCUGGUAGAACAGAGGUUCUUGCACCAAAUGAAAAUAUACCACCGCCCCCUCCCACCGUAAUCGAAACGAGAACGUUUGCCCAUCAAAUCACCAUGCAUUGGAGUCAUCCCGAGGCCGCCAUAGUCCUGGUGGAGGGUUACAUCCUUGGUUACGGGGAGAACAUCCCUGACAUUACAGUCCUUGAGUUGGACGGCUCUACCCGCUAUGUUGAGUUAGAAAAUCUUAAAGUGAACACAAACUAUGUGAUCAAGCUUAGAGCUUUUAACAAGGCUGGAGAGGGCCAGCCCGUCUUCGAGAAUGUCAGGACAAGCACUGAUGGCAGCACUGGAUUUGAGAAGACCAUGCAGACACCUUCAGAGUUGAUAGCAACACCGGAGUCAUCCAGAGCAAUCCUGCUGACGUGGUAUGAUCCUAACCCUGCAAGUCUAGAGGAGGGAGUCAUCAGAUAUUAUUCCUUGGUGUAUAGCAGGAACAAUGGACCAACAUACUAUGCCAAUGCCACACAGCCUCAGUUCCUAGUAACAGGACUGAAACCAGCCACCAUGUAUGAUUUCCAAGUCAUGGUUACUGAGGGUCAAAAAGCCAGUAAAUUCUCCAUUAUCACCUCUGCAGAGACCAUGAAUGCAGAUAUUAUCAACCGCCACCCUUACCAAGUUCCAGAUUCUGCGCCUCAGGAGCUGACAAUUAGUGAUUUUACCAACACCUCAUCAUCUCUGGUUGUUGCCUGGCAACCACCUCUUCAUCCUAAUGGAGAUGUCACACGUUAUAUACUAUUCUAUGGACCUAAAGGCACAACGAAUCCUUCAGAGAUUGUAAGGCAAGAGGUUGGAGGAGAGACACUUACCACCUUUGUUCAUGAUCUUGAUGCAAAUUCAGAAUAUGAUUUCUCAAUUCAGGCAGUCAAUGGUGCUGGUAUAGGACCUAUAUCUGAUGUAGUCACACAUAGAACCAAAGGUGCAGGUGCAGCAGCUUACCCUGUGGAGGAUGUGGCAUUCCCCUGGUGGCUGUGGCUGGCUAUUGCUCUAGCCUGUCUCUUCCUCAUUGCCCUAGCCAUCGCCUUGCUCUUCUGUAUCGUCUGCGGUUGUUGUCGAUGCUGUCUGAGAUGCUGUCCAGGCUGUGCAUCCCUCUGUGAUGAUAUCUAUGCUUGCUUGGAGCCGUGCGGAGCCUGUCUUGCUGGAUGCGCAUCGGGAUGCUGUCCAUGUUGCUGCGAAGAUGAAGACGACUGUGCCAAGUGCUGGACAAAGUGCUGCUGUGGUGUUCCUUGUUGUGUAUGCUGUGGAAAAGAUUAUAAGGAGAGGAGAGCAAAAGCAGAGCUGACGGGUUAUAAAUCUGUAUCCAAUGGAAAAGCCAUUCACGCUACCAAUGCCACCCAGGUAGAGGGGAAUCCCCCUGAUCUCUGGGCUGAUGAACUCAUCAUGAAACAGAUGGGAGGAAAGAAUAUGGCUACACCAUCAGAGAUGGAGUCACUUAAUAAAUCUGAAAUUGAAAGUGAAACACAUUUUGCAAAUCAUGCACAGCAACAACAAGACCGUUACAGCUUCACCGAUCGCCGUGUGUCUUUCGUUGAUGUAGCACCCAUAAAUUACAUCAGAGUGUCCGAGAGUUAUAUACCGACACAAAGGAGGCAGGUCCAAGAAUCUGUGCAGAGAAGUGCACGUCCAGCUAACUAUGCUAAUGUCAAGAAGGGUGAGAAACCGAACGUCAACAUCAACACGACCAAUGUUCGCAUCGAGGAGGUCAAGAAUGAAUACCAAGGAAACGAUGCUUACUCCACCCUUGGCAGCAAUCAUUCUGAGUUUCCUGAGACCAGGAUGCGUGAGAACUCUGACUCUCAACAGUCUGCCGUGGGUUAUCAUGACGGUCAGAUUGUGACCUUCCCCGAUGGUCAAAUUGUGGCCAGUAGUGGACUGACACCAAACCCAUUGACCGUCACGUUUGAGGAGACGACUACCACUCAUUCGGUGGAGAAGAUGGUGCCACAAUCAGAUGGUAGCAAUGUCAAGACCCUGUCAAGUCAUCAGACCUUUGCCAAGUCUUACUCCACAUCGGAUGCAUCAAGAGAUCGGAAUCUACAGACCAUACUACAGGAUGGCUUAGAUAAAGGACCUCUAGCCAUUGACAUACCUCAGUAUGCUGAACAACCUCUCAAAGCCAUCACUGCUCCAACUGUCAGCAGCCUCAAUGAACAAUCGAGCUACCGUAACAGGUACAACACCUCACAGGAUGGCAGCAACACCUCUACUGGUUUCAGUCCAGGAGGACUCAGAGACUACAACUACAGCUCCAGCGAAAAUGCCCAGAGAGAAUACAACAACUACAACACCAUGGACAGCGGCAUCGACACUGGACGGAGGCACGACUACCAGACCGGCAGCCUCAGGACGAACCCGAGAGGAGGGAUGGUUGAGAACAGCAGCUACGAAGAGACCCAACAUUACAUAGUCCCUGAGCAUUCUCCGGCAAGUCCACCUCUAGGUCACAGUGCCAUAUCACCAACCUUCCAUGAUGUCCCUAGGAUUACUAGCCCUGUUGACAUGGGAUCCAGUCCUCCUCCUCUAUCACCCAUGAUGUCCAGGGGUCUGACUCAGGAUACUCAUCUCUCCUCCAGCGCUAUGACCUUACCAAUGUCAACCAGUCGUGGCCUCGGCACAGACAAUAGCAACUACAAGAGCAGCUCAAGCUACCAGUAUCGAAGCGCUUCCAACAUCGGCGAGAUGAAUCAUCGUGGAGGAGAGCCCCAUGGUUCAUCAACCAUGAGUGGGAUCGGAGUGCAUGCACCCCUGUCCACCAACCAUCAAGACGACCUCCUCUCUUCCGCUCCCAUUUCCAAUGGCUCCGCUCUCUCCCACAAGUCCAGUUCCUACCGCUAUGACUCCAGUGGCCUUUCCAACACUGGGGGCCUGUCUGCCGGGACGGGUGGGGUUUCUUCAUCGGGCGGAGGAGGUAGCAUGUCUUAUGGUGGUGUAGGUGGAGGGUCUGGUCUGUCCAAUGGAACAUCGGCUGAUGCAGGACGUUACUCCUCGAGCCACUCCAUGUCUGGAAGUCGCUACUCUUCCAACAAUAAUAACUCCACGGGUGAACUCUUCUCUGAUACCGAUGCCGAGGUUGCUAGUACUAUGAGUCGUGCUAGGAGCCAAGAAGUUUUAUACCAUCGUCCUCCCAUCCCCCAAUCAUCCUACCUCCCACCUCCUCCCCAUCAUCAUCAUCAUCGACCACCACCACCAGAGGCCGUCCUCCGUCACGCACACUCUGCCAAUUUCUUUCGUGAAACGAAUGACCCAGCAAUGGACUAUGCGUUUGUUGGAGGAGACGACACGGUGUCCGAGAUAGGGAUGUCAGAGUAUGCGAGGCGCCAAGCUAGGGUCAUGGCCCGGGUCAAUCACUCGCUCAAACAACGUGUCAUUUCAAAGGCUAUGUCGCUUGAUCAUGUAGCAGUUCAACAGAUGGUUGAUAGAAGAAGAGAUAAUUUGGUUAACACGCAGACCUAUGACUUCAUGUCUAAUGCUUCAACACGCUCUGCUAUGUCCGACAGGCCGCCAUAUGUGUAUAGUUCAGGUUACCAUAGUGAUACCAAUGCCAGCUCCCAAGAUGAGUCCGGUAGUCAAAACAGUGGUACUGCACCCCGCACCAACCCCCUCUCUAGCUUCACUGUACCUGCUCCUCCUCCUCCUCACUACCAACAUCCACAGGCCAAGGUGAGGAUAACUGCUCCAACGUACAGUCCACUGAAGAGAGGUCAGCCUGGUCCAGGUCGAGGGCGAGCUCAACCUAUGGCUGUCAUCACACCCAAAGCACCGGAUGUUACUUAUAGAGGAAUAGGUGAUGGAAACAGCCCUGGGUCGACUGUGCGUACAUUCAGUGCUGAGGAUCUGAAUGCUGAAAUGAUGCACCUGGAAGGAUUGAUGAAAGACCUGAAUGAAAUCACACAAUCUGAACUACAAAACUGA